AUGGGAUUACCCUCGAUCCAUGCUAAUAACAGAACAAAUUUAACUCGUUCCAACUUACCUAAGAAAACUAUCGAUGAUUUUAGCAAAGGCAAAUAUUUGGUAAAUGAAAUUAAUAUAGUAGAUCAACACCCUCAAAGUAUGGAUUUAGAAGGUGAUAUUCCAAUGCAUGAUAUUUCUAAUGAACAGGAAAUUGAGCUGGUAUCCAGGUAUCUAGCGUCACAGAGAAAUAAUCACCAAAAUUUUCAACCUGAAAUCAGCGAUGCAUACUUGGACAAUAUAGUUUCAAAUAUACCAACUACAACGAAGACCAUAUUUGUAACAGACACUAAUUUUAUUAUAUCUCAUUUGAGUACAUUAGAGAGACUGCGACAGCUUGCUCCUAAUUUACACCAUCAAAUCAUCAUUCCAAAUACUGUAAUAAAAGAAUUAGAUGGCUUGAAAAAUUCUGAUAGAGAAGCAUCUUGGUCUUCAAAUGGUGAAAAUUAUGUUCAUUCUAUUGGAAUGUUAGCAAGAUGGGCGAAUGAUUGGAUUUAUAAAAAUUUAGCUAAUCAAGAUUCUGGUGUCAUGGGACAGAAAUUGAAACAAAGAAUUGAUCCUACUUGCACUAAAGAUGACGCAAUCUUAGAUUGCUGCCUUUUCUUUAAAGAUGAACAAAACUGUUUUGUAAUUUUAUUAUCUAAUGAUAAAAACCUGUGUUUAAAGGCAUUAACUGAAGAGAUACCAACUGUAUCUUAUAGACAGGAUAUGACUGCAGAACUAAUAGCAUCAAAAGCGUAUGAAGAGAAUCUUUUAAGGUUUGGACAACAGCACAUCUACGAUCAAGGAUCUUCAACAUCUGCACAAGGACAUGAUUUAAUGGAUAUUAACAUGGGCCAUGAUAUAGAUGAAAAUGAAAGUGUAUCCCCGUUAGAUAUUCAAGAGGUUUCAACUUUCAUCUAUGAAGAGGUCAGAAAGUUGAUGAGAUCAUCAAUAGAUUAUGUAAUGAAUGAAGUAUAUGGAGAGGAUAUAGAACUGAUAGACUAUAGCUUCGAUCGUAUCAACUCUCUACGAGAUUCUUCAAAAUGUUUGUACAAAUUUUGGUUAUCUGUAUUUCUUGAUUACUUUAAAUCUUCCAAAUUAAGGAAGGAUAGUUGGAAAGAUCUUCCUGAUUGUCUAUUAGAAGCACCAAUCAAUAAAAAAGAUUUAACCAUUUUUUUCCAAUUUUGGCAAGAAAUAAUUAGGCAUUUAUGCUCUAAAAGAGACAUCAAUACAAAGAAUUGGUUAGAUUCAGAACUAAAAAAUUGGAAGGGCCUAAUAAAAAGGGCACAAUAA